CGAAAGGAACGGAGCCUCUGCCAUCCGUGUCCCUCGCUCCCCGCCCUUUCUCCCUCUCAAUUGUCCCCCUUCGAUCCGCUCCUGCGGCGCAAGAUUCGAUUUUGAUGCCUGAAGCAGACGAUUGACGCUGUGUCGAUUCUAUCGCUGCCCCCGUUCGCCAUCCCGUCGCCGAUUUGGUUCCCAGAUUAGUGUGAAAACCUAGAGGAUUGAUCCUUUGUUGCCAGUCUCCAUGAAGGUUUUUGGGAGAAAUCUGGAGCUGGAUCACGAGAGGGCGAUGAUAUCUUGGUCGCCGUUCCUGAUCGCUUUGCUCCUGUUGAUGUCGAUCCCGGUGGUGUUCGUUUUGGCCCCCCGGAUUCUGCCGCCGAAGACGAUGCCGAGCAUCCCCGAUUUGGACGAGGUGGACGAUCUGGCGCUGUUCCGGCGCGCCACUCUCGCCUCCGCCGGCGGCGAAGGGGGCAGAGGGGGCGCCGGGAUCCGCCGCCGCGCCGCGUCGGCGCCCAAGAUCGCCUUCCUGUUCCUCACCAACUCCGACCUCGUGUUCGCGCCGCUGUGGGAGCGGUUCUUCCACGGCCACGAACGGCUGUUCAACGUGUACGUCCAUGCCGACCCCGCCGCUGAGCUCCUCCUCCCGCCGACGCCGUCGUUCCGCGGCCGCUUCAUCCCGGCCAAGGCGACUCAGCGUUCCUCGCCGACCCUCAUAUCUGCCGCGCGCCGUCUCCUCGCCGCUGCCCUCAUCGACGACCCGGCGAACGCCUUCUUCGCCCUCCUCUCCCAGAGCUGCGUGCCCCUCCACUCCUUUCGCUUCGCCUACCACGCCCUCCUCGCUGACCCUGGCACGCCUUCUAAUCUCCCCGACGGCCGUCGUCGCCGCCGCAGUUACAUCGAGAUCUCAUCCAAAGAUCCGUGGAUGUGGAAUCGGUACGUGGCCCGCGGCGACGGCGUGAUGAUGCCCGAGGUGCCCUUCGAAAAGUUCCGCGCGGGUUCGCAGUUCUUUGUCCUCGCAAGGCGGCACGCCGUGAUGGUGGUGCGCGACCGCCGGUUCUGGAAGAAGUUUAAGAUGCCCUGCUUGAAGUCGAGGGUGGAUUCCUGCUACCCCGAGGAGCACUACUUCCCGACGCUCCUCGACAUGCAGGACCCCGCGGGGUGCACUCGCUACACUCUAACCAGAGUUAAUUGGACGGACAGCGUUGGCGGGCAUCCGCACAUGUACCAGCCGCCGGAGAUCUCCGCAAAUCUGAUCAACGAGCUGCGGAAGUCCAAUUCAACGUACUCGCACCUCUUUGCACGCAAGUUCUCCGCAGAGUGCCUCGACCCUUUGCUCAAGCUCGCAGACAGUGUCAUCUUCCAGGAUUAGCGUCAAAUGCCUAGUCUUGGUUUUGGAUUUAUGGAUGAAGAUUUGGUUCCAGGUGAAUGAAUUGAGGUUUACCGAGAGGGUCAACAGUAAUACCUGUAUAAAUAAAGAGACUCUUCCAUGACUAGAAUAUUGUUUCUUGAGGUAACAAAGGAGCAACUUCAUCAUUGUACUAAGGUUCAUUGUACCUCUAUUUGUAUGUUGAUGGUCUUCGUAUCAAUGCUGGUUAACCCAAGUUUGUUGAAUAAAUGUGAACGAGUGGGGUAUCUAGAGAAUCUUAAUAUUUGGAGUCAUAUAUAUAGACACUAUAUUAUUAUUUAUACAGAAAUUUACAAACUUUGCAGGGACAGAUAUGUAAAAGGCCCUGCAUCUUUCAUAUGUAUGUUGUUUUUUAGUGCCUUUCUGUUAUGAUAUUUCACUUUUCCAUUGAUUUGACUGUCACAGUAUGUAGCAGAGGAUUGGUUUAGUGAUUUCCUUCUGUGUAUCUCAUGGUUUGCCAAUUCUUGUUUGGUUAAGUCAGUC